AUAUGGGUAUUAUUAUUACAAACAUCCCAAAAUCAUGCCAUAUCAAAAACUUAUGUUCAGGAAAAUCAUUCGACUUGAAAUAUUUCUGAUUGGAUUGUUUGUAGUGAGCGAAAGAAAAAAAAUGACAUCAAAACUUUUAACUGAAGGAAUAAAAUCUCGAGUUCGUCGUCCGAGUUUAUUUUCAAAAUUAACAACCAUAAAUGACGUUAUUGAAA